AUGACGGUAGCCGACUGGCCCUCCAGUGAAGAAUGCUGGAGCAUAACAGUUCAUUCGGCCGCACCACUGUUUAACAUAGUUAUUUCGGAUUUCAUUGAUGACGACGCGAAGAGACAUUCUCGAAGGUCCGCGCUGUCUUCUCUAGUAUUCAGCUUGAAUGCACUAUUCGUUAAACCAGCUCAAUCGAUAGCACCAGUUGUAAUUGUUUACAUACUCAACAACUACGGGUACAGUGACUAUAUUUCAUCGAAGCAUGCGUCGGAUGAGCUUAUUAAUACUAUGCGUACGAUCUUACUCAUGACACCAGUGGUCCUUGGUGGACUACAGUAUUACGUCUUCAAAUCAUAUUCUCUCAAGAACAAGCAUGUGGUGAAACCACAAGAAAACAUUUGA